AUGGAGAACCCAGAAGUGUGCUGUGACCUGCUGGUGCUCCCGUCCAAGACAGUAGCAGCCAAAGAAAAAGAACAGGAACUCCUGGAUGUAUUGCACGUGAAGGGGCCAUCAGCUGAGGGAAUACUUGGACUAGCAAUCAGCAAGAAAGCACACUGGGAGCUGAAGAAGGCCCUAGGCACAGCAGGGGAUGUUGACUGGGAAAGCCAAACUGUGCACCUGCUGGCAGUGAUUGAGAAGGUGAAUUCUUUUGAUUUCAGGCUGCAAGAGCUCCCUGUUACGCUGCAGGUCCCACUCCAGGUGGCUGACAAACUGCCUAGAGCCAAUCUUCUCAUCCUCCAAUGGUUGCUGUCUCUGCUGCACCACAUCAAGCAAAACUCAUCAAGAAGCAGGAUGGACUCCAGCAAUCUUGCCAUCUGCAUUGGACCAAAUAUAUUAAGUGAGGAGAACCUGCUCUUGCUGGAGGUGCUGAUGGAGGUGAAAGUGCUGGUGGAGUUCCUUAUUAACAACUGCAUGGAAGUAUUUGGGAAGGAGAUUGCUUGCCUUCUGUAUCCCUCAGCUGAGGAGUCACUAGUGCCCGUAGACAGCUCCACAGUUAGCUCUAUCCAGAACUGUUUACUCUAUAAGCUGAAACCUGAUGGUCUAGACUCUGACUUCCGAAAUAUGCUGACUGAGAUGUCAUUUUUCAAAACAUUUCCCAUCAGUGUAGCAGACUUUACAGAGAACAGGGCAUCAGAACAGGGCCUAGAAGAAAACUGUCACAGACUGCUCCAGCGUGGGCCUUCCCAUGGGGUCACGGCCAUCUCUGGGGGCACCCGCCUGCUCUGGCGUGGGGUCCUGCCCGGGCUGCAGAUUGGAAUUAUUGGUGGAACUGGCCUGGAUGAUCCGGAUAUCUUAGAAGGAAGAACAGAAAAAUAUGUUGAUACUCCUUAUGGCAAGCCCUCGGAUGCUUUGAUAUUGGGAAAGAUUAAAAAUGUGGACUGUGUGCUGUUGGCAAGACAUGGAAGGCAUCAUACAAUUAUGCCAUCGAACGUCAAUUACCGUGCCAAUAUCUGGGCAUUAAAAGAAGAAAAUUGUUCACAUGUAUUAGUGACUACUGCCUGUGGCUCAUUACGAGAGGAAAUACAACCUGGUGAUCUUGUCAUAAUUGACCAGUUCAUUGACAGGACAACUAAAAGACAUUGUACUUUAUACGAUGGGCAACAUUCCUCUCUUCCAGGAGUAUGUCAUAUUCCAAUGGCAGAGCCGUUCUGCACCAAAACCAGAGAGGUUCUUAUUGAGACUGCCAAGAAGCUUGGGCUCCAGUGUCAUUCCAAGGGGACAAUGAUCACAAUCGAAGGCCCACGUUUCAGUUCUCGAGCGGAAAGCUUGAUGUUUCGCAGCUGGGGAGCUGAUGUUAUCAACAUGACCACAGUGCCUGAAGUGAUUCUUGCGAAAGAAGCUGGAAUGAGUUAUGCUAGUAUUGCCAUGGCAACAGAUUACGACUGCUGGAAGGAACAUGAAGAAGCAGUGUCAGUGGAUAAAGUUUUGAAGACACUGAAAGGGAAUGCAAAUAAGGCUACUAGCAUACUCCUUACUGCUAUACCUCAGAUAGGUUCCAUGGAAUGGACCGACACCCUGCACACCCUGAAAACAGCAGUGCAGUGUUCAGUCCUCCUGCCAAAGCAGUAACAACCUGGAUGGACUUUGAAGUUUGGGUGCUCACAAGGAAGAGUGGAUCACUUUCAAACUUCCAGAGUUUAUAAUAUCUUCAAGAGUCGUUACAAGUGUAAAAGAAUGGAGUAAACGUUGACCGAUGAUAAUGUAUAAGACAGCUUUUGUAACCUUUAUCAUGCUUCAUAAUGUAUAAGAUGGCUGAAUUUAGAUUUUUGAGUAUGUUUUAAACCAGGAAUAGCCUUACUGUCAAGCUGGAUCAGGCAGUGGCCGAAGAAAAAAGUCAGCAGCAAGUUGUCAUCCUCUAUUCAGUGAUACCUUUAGUUGAUGGAAGAAAGGAAAGACUAGGUAAUACUCUGUUGCAAUUUUGUAAGAUAUAAGAAAGCAGAUUCACAGGUAUGCUAUUUGCUUUGCAAUUUCUGCCUCCCAUCUUUUCCUUUGACAAGGCAAAUGGUUACAGUUCACUCCAGAAACAUACCAGAAAAACCAAACAGGCCAUUUCAAAUUAUACUAUUUUUAUACAUUAUCCGUAUUUUUUAUUUCAGUAGGGUUUUUUUAAAAGCAGUGGGGUUUGUUUGUGUGCUAGAAGACAUGGUUUAAUAACUGUGGUUCUUUCAGAGCAGCAGUUGUGUAAUGAAUGAAUGUUCUUAUUUAGGUAA